GUACCGUGGAAUGCAGGGUCUCUUUUCGGGUUUCUUGUGAACGUUCUGCCGUCCUGGAGUUCGACUGCAAUUUCGAACGGAUUCUGCGCAGACUCGCACGGCGCCUGGAUGAUUGUGAAUUGUCACAAUGGAUCUUCAUAAAAUAAUUCAGGACGCACUGUACGAGUUCAUCCAGUCGUACAUUCCCAACGCCGACCUCAGCACGCUUGAUGACGUGAUCCUCUCCUAUAUGACGGGCGUGCUGGAGGACUUGGGCUCCCAGGAUAGCGUGGAGGAGAACUUCGACGUGGAGGUGUUCGUGGAAAUGUUGGAAGCCUACAUCCCCGGAUUCGCUGAAAUAGACAGCGUCAAAGUAUGUGAGAUGAUGUUUAACCUCUCCUCAAAACUGGCGACAGCCCGGAACGCAGACAGCGGUCAGCCGAAGAUGGGGCCGCAGUCUACGCUGAAGGACACUGCCGCCUCAGCGUCCUUCUCCAGGCAGCCGCAGGACUUCACCACGCCACCAGAGGGCGCCACAGCCCAGGACGGCGAUGGGGAAGGCUUGGGGCGGGAGCAGCACCUCCUGGAGAUGUUCCCGAAGUGCAGUGUGACCGAGGCCCGGAGCGCGCUGAGCAUCGCCAAGGGCGACCUGGGGGAGGCGGUGCGCCUCAUCAUCGAGGGAGACCUGCAGCUGCGCGAGGCCCCGCCCCUGAACGUGAACCACGGAAAGCCCAUUUCUCCACGAGCUGACGAGAAGCUGAAAGCGAGCAUUCUGGAGAAAUACAUGCUGGUAGACGAUGAGGAAGACAAGAAAGUUCACAGGCCUGUAACACCUAAAGACGCUCCGAAGAAGCUUGUGCGUUACCACGGUAACCAGGUGGUCACGACGAAAGGGGAGCGGUACCACCAGGUGAAGAAGGACGAGACGGACGAGGUGAAGAAGACCUACAUCAGCCUGAAGCCCGCCAGGAAGUACCGCUUCCACUGAUGAUGUCACUUCCUCCCCAGGGAGCCCAGCACACUGCGUUUUUGUUCGAGAUCCUUUCCUCGUUACGUUGGUCUUCAUCGCGUUAUCGUUUCCUCGACGGGGCGCGAAACCCUUCUUCCUUGUUCGGUUUACACCACAUCCUUAUUUAUGCUUUUGGCAGCUCCGUUGUGUGGAUGUGUCUGUUGAAGACGUUUAAACGCAGCGUUGGAUUGGCUGAUCAGACGAGGGGUGGGGACGUAGAGACGCCCGUGUUAUACCGGAGUUUCCCUGAUCCAGGCGCACGUUCCCGGGAACGUUUCACAGGGAGAACCCGGAGAACCCCCACGAUCGGAAUGACGCCAGAAGUGAUGACAAACUGCUCCCAGAUUAAUCUCAAUUGUGGAUCACUCAAAUGACAGUGUACUUUUUUUCCUUUAUUUUUUUAAAGGCUAAUUUCAUUUUGUAGAAUGUACCUUAAUUUAAACACAAAUCAAAAGCGGUGGUAAUCAGAAUUGGACUCUUUUAGAACGUUCUUAAUUAAAACUAUUUUUUACUAUGCCAAAUGAUCUUAUUUUCUGGUACCUACUUUUGACCUCUUUUGCAAAGCAUUUAAUUUUGUUGUUUCAAACACUAGGCGCUCUCCCCCAAGCUGUGUUCUUCAGCAACACUACCCUCCUCUGUGAGCCCUGGUGUGUCUGGGGAUGUACGUUGUGUUAUAUUACAGGCCUGCUGCUACAGUUCAUUACCAGUGUUACGCAGGGAGAGAAUAUCCAAUAAUCAUGCAGGUAAUGGUAACAUGGUGUGAAAAGUGCAUUUAGUUUCAGAAUAUUAGUCUUAAUUGCUGCUUCAUUCUACCCACAGGGACACGGUGGGUCAAAUGAAGCUUUAGCAGUGUAAUAUUGAUUCAGUAAUGUUGUAAUAUUGAUAUGUUGACUUAAUGCAGGUCUGUAGGUCUUACAUUUAAGUUCUGACAGUAUCUAGAAAGAUCUAGAAAUUGGACACUUUGUCGUGGAAUCUGUUAAAGCUGUUGACCGGAUAAAAAUGUCCAGUCCAAUUUAAAAGUUUUAUUAUAUUCAACAUCUUUGUGUAUUAUACUUGAAAAUCUUUUGGCUGUUGUUCUUAAGCAAUUUAACCAUGUUAGCGCAGUGUUAAUUACACUGUAAUAGAGUACAUGUGAGUACAUACAAGUCCAACAGGGACCAUUUAACCAUGUUAGCCCAGUGUCCAAUGUUAAUUACACUAAUAGAGUUCAACAGGGACCAUGUGUACUGAGUUUAUUGAUCACCUAACAUUCACUGUGUGUUCUGAAACAUUGGGGUUAGUAAGGAGGAGUGUUGUUGCAUGAUGUACGUAAGGUAGGGGUUUGUAAUUUUUCUUACAGAAUUAUUCAUUUUCGCACUGAACCAGUCAUUGCACUGCAGGAAGUGUUACAUUGGACAGGAGCCCAGGUUUAGUGGACCCACAGUGCUCUUUGCCAUUACUGGAGUGAUUGAGUAUUGUGUAAAAAUGGGACCGUUGCCUCAGGGCUUUUCUGCCGUUCUGAAAAUAGACUGGAUGUGCUGUUCCUCUAUUAUUAGCUGGUCUCCUGCGGUGACCACUUUGAGCUCAGCUUAAAACUUUUCCGGCGAAAUCUGCACUUUCUCUGAGGGAGGCAGUGUGUGGGAACUUCCUGACUAAACAUAUUUUUGACUCACCUUUUAAAAAACGUCACGUCUGGAUACUCGGUGGGGAUCGAGGACGAGCGCUCGCUGUCACGUUCUGCGCUGUCCUUGUCCCAGAUGUUAAUAUCAGUCCGCUGUUGAAAAUGGAGUGAAUAACGAUUGCUUAGUUAGGUUGGGUUUGUGCCUCUGCGUUCUGUCUAAAUGUUCCUGAGUUUUGAGUGCGAAUCCGGGUUGGGUUUCCGUGGUCCGGUCCUUUAAUCAAAUUCCUACCUCUCCGGUCCGGAUGGAGUGGGAAUGCUGGGCACAUUGCUGAACAUUGGAGAGGGAGGCAGCCAAUCACCGCCCCUCUCCACCAGGAAUGGCUUAAAGUGUCAAACGGGAGGUAUCAGUAUUGCAGUUAUGCAUCUCUUGUCAGUUGUACAUUUAUCUUGCAUAAUUAUCUUUUUUUUGUUUACCAAUAGAUUUAGCAAUCCUUUAAGGCGGUGGUUUCCAGCCAGGCCGAUGCAGAGGUCCGGGGUGUUGGUAACAGACUGAACACACUGGCAUCACAAUGACACUGGGCUUCGUGAGGUUGGGUUAUGAGCUCAAAUGCCAUAACAGACUGUGUCCAGUCAUACAUUUUGUUUGUUUCCAAAUGUAUGAAUGCUGUAGAAACUGCACUGAUGUAGAAAAUGUGUGUGUGUGUGUGUUGUGUACUUGCACAGUUUCGUAACUUUCAAUGUUUUCCUUAAAGAUUUGAUUUAUUGUUCGGCUCAUUUUAAUUUGUGUGUACUAUAAUGGAAAACUUCAACACCGCUCCGUCUCAAGGAUAGUUGUUGGUUUAGAGAUUAUUUCACUAGCAGGUAAUGCAGGUUAUGCAUAUCGAGCCUACUUCAAAAUACAUCUAUUUUUAUACAGAGAUAUAGAUUUGAAAGGCUUUGAUUAAGUGUUACUAGUGAUUCAUCCACAGGUAAACGAGCAUCUUUUCAUAACUUGUACCAAAACAUUUAAUUUACUUGUACACUUGGUAUGUCUCAACCCAUGUGUAUUUUCAAUUCUGUUGCCUUUUGGGGUUCUUUUCUUUUGAAUAACAGGACAUUUUUUGUAUGAAAGUCAAUGGUUUGUUAAACACUGGAUCUAAUGGUGUGCAUUUUCUAAUUGACAAACGCUUUAUAUUUUACACAUUACAUUUUUGUGGUUUGAUUAGUGGAUGUCUAGUUGAGUCGCAUCUUUUAAGAGUUAUGGUUUUGUGUUGCAUGCAAACAUCAUGCAGAUAUGGUUCACCGUUUCUGUGUGGUAUUUUAGCUCAAUGACAUUAGUAAUGUUGAAUUAUCCAAUAAUUACACACCUACAUGUAAUUGCCUGUGCACAAAUGAUAAAUCCGCUGUAAAAA